UGACAGGUGUUUACUUUUUUAACCAUGUAAUUUCAGGACACCAUUAAUGGCUGCAAUGCACGAAGAUGAUUCUCCUGAUUUGCAGGAGGUUGGACGGAUCUUAAGAGACGUCUUGGAGAUUCCCGAUGUUCCUUUAAAGGUCCGGAAGCUCGUAGUUAAGGUAUGCGACGUGGUAACACGAAGGGCUGCCAGACUGGCUGCUGCCGGUAUCGCAGGAAUCCUAAAGAAGAUAGGCCGAGAUGGGAGUGGUGGCCUAACAGGGGGAAGGAGAAGUGAUAACAAAAUGAGAAGAACAGUCGUAGCGAUCGAAGGGGGUUUAUAUACAAGUUAUACGAUGUUUAGGGAGUACUUGCAUGAGGCCUUGAUUGAAAUAUUAGGGGAAGAAGUUGCUCAACAUGUCGUUCUCAAGGUAACAGAAGAUGGAUCAGGUAUUGGAGCAGCCCUCCUUGCUGCUUCACAUUCAUCUCAAAGUGUGGAUAGAGUACAGUCGCUAUAAAUAUAUAUAUUCAUAUAUAUACAUAUAGCCCCUGUAAAUGUAGAAAUCAUUCUCCAUAAUUUAUAUCUCUUUGUAUAAAAGGAAGGUUUGUCCAUAUUCCC